GGAGAAAGAGAGAGCGGCAGAGAGAGAUUGAGCAAUCUGAAGGGUGCGUCAGUUAGCGCGCUUGCUCCUGCUGGUUUGGUUUAUUGUAGAGAGAACUGGCGUUGGGAAUCCAAGUCAAAAUCGACAGAAGACUGACUAUGUAUUUUAGCCUAUAGGUUGCGGCUCACCAGAGGUGGAAGCGCGAGACAGAGGGCUGUGGAUAUGCAUUUUGCCCGUAGCGACAUGUAUGCCGGAGUCAUGAUCUGACGCAGAUGAUGUCAUAUCUGAGGACAGGACACAUGGGCGCAGAGCCCAGUAGGAGGAUGGUGUGACAGACGGACGGAAAGACAAACAGAGGGACUGUAUAAAUCAUUACCCUCAACAGCCAGACCAUGGCCACUGCAUCCAUCCUCACUCUCAUCCUCACCCUCCUCCUCCUCCUCUCCUCCCUCCAUCCCUCUUCUGGCCAAGUGAUGGUCAGCUCCUCCUCCUCAUCCUCCUCUCUUCCAGACCCUGUCAACACUCCAUCCCUCAAACCCAGUCUGCCCUCCUCUCGUCCCAGAGGUCAGAGCGACAGGUCUGUCAGAGUGACCAACGGUGAUUGGUCCACAGAGAGAGGAGGUAGGGGCAAAGGGGGCUCUGACCUGGGACAGGGUGGGGGAGAAAUGGGCACUCCCACAACACAGACUAGAACUAUAGACCUCAGUCAAUCCCAUUCCCCCUCUCAGAAACUCAACAUUGGGUCUGCCCAAAGCCUGUCCACUUCUGUUGAGGCUAGGACAGGUACUAUGGUAACCCCAGAACCAAGUGGGAUUGCAUCUGCAAAGGGACCAUCUGCGCUCCCACCCACCAAACUCUCAGGUACUGAGCCAGUGACAUCAGGAGGCAGGGAAUCUGAUGGACCAAUCGUACCAGAGGAUGUAGAUGAUUGGCAGACAACUGGAUCAGGAAGUGAAUUUGUCCCUACAGCGAUGGCUGUUGUGAAGAAAGAGUCACCGGUUGCCUUGACAACAUCAGAUGGAAUGGCACAGUUCCGGCCACAGGCUCAGACGGCUUUCAGCGGAGGGCCAUCAUCCAAGAAGGCCAAAGCACAGAUGACCCCGACGGUCAGCCUCACUGUCCAGCCCCGCCUAUCUGCCCUGACAACAGCCAAUAAGAUCCUCUCCACACAGUCACCUGACAUUAGAUUGACAGUCGUCCCUGUGGUGUCACAAUCAACAGUCCGUGGAGGAGCAGUGACAGGUGAUAUGACAGCUAACACUAUUACAGCCACAGACGGACCAAUAGCAGGACAGACCUCCACUGUGACAUCACCAUCUCCCAGAGCAACCACUCCUGGCUCAACCAAUCAACAGCCAAAGUCAGCGGCACCUCAAGGACCCACCCCCAGCUCAACCAAUCAACAGCCAAGUACCACAACACAAGGAGCGACCACCACAACUACAACCAAUACGACGGCAACAAAAGCAGAACACAAAAAUACUUCAACAAACACAACCAAUCAACCAACAAAGGCUACUGAACCAGGAAGAACUACAACAAGUACCAAGACAGGGACGUCCCCUCUCCACAUCACCCCUACUCUACAAAUUCAAAAAAAUGACACCCACCCAGUUCAGAGGAACCACUCCAUCCCCGUGGGCCGCCCUCGCCUCCCCCCAUCCUCCUCUCCCUCCUCCUCUCCCUCCUCCUUCUCUUCCCCCAACGGCACCUCUCUCCUGUGGGAUGACCUGAGCAGGACGCUGGCCUUCGCCUGGGGGCUCCACGUCUACGGCACGGCUAUCCUCUUCCUGCUCUUCCUGGCUGGAGCCGCCCUGGGUCUGGUUCUAGCCCCCAGCAUGCACUGCCCUCACCGUGGUGCGCUGGUCCUGGCCAACGCCCUCCUUCUCCUGGUGGGCGCAGCCAGGGCAGCUCUGUUCCUGAUUGACCCAUACGGAACAAGGAAGAUUCUUCCCCGGCCUGCAGUGACUGCUCUUUAUAACCUCCCUCUGCCGUUACUGGUAUGGGCUCAGGCUGCACUGGCACUACUCGCCAUGAAGGAGGCAGGUGUGAGUCUGCUGCCCUCUGCUCUUGAGCACCCUCCUCUGUUGGCUGUGUUGGCUGUAUUACAGUGCACCCUGCUGCUGGCUGCUGACCUUCUCUCCCCAGCCCUGUCCCCAGCUGUGCCUGUCACCCUGCAGUCCCUGUCUCUCUGCUGGGGCCUGGCACUCUGUCUGGGCUUCCUGUGCUACGUCUUCCCCCACCUCCACCACCCGCCUGCCCAGCCACCCAUCCCAGAGGAGGAGAGGGCAGUUAAAGCCUGGCCGGGGGGUAGGAGGGCAGGGUCAGUGCUGGGUCGUGUGCUAGUGUUGUGUGCCCUCCUAGGGGCAUUGUGCUGUGGGCUCCACGUCUACGCCACCCUGUGGCUCUACGGGAUGUUGGGGGACUGGAGGCGCUUCUGCUGGGACUGGUGGCUGGUUCACUUCUGGGCCCGGUUGUUGGAGCUGGCCUGGGCCUUUUCUCUCAUCCUCUUGGGCUCCUGGGUGUUCUGGAGGCCCCGGGGGGCCCAAGGGAGAGGAGAGGAGGGAGCAGCGGAGAGCAGGGCGGGAGGAGAUCUCCCCUCACCUGGACAGUCAUCUGGGUUGACUCAUAAACACACCUGCUGGUCCAAGAUAGUCCAGAGCCUGACAGGGAAGCCCUGUGGAAAGUUAGAGAGUAACGGAGUGGGAGGAGUAGUAGUAGGAGGGGGCGGGGCGGAGGAGCUGCCUAAUAACUGGGCGGGGCAGGAGCGCUCGGGGGCCGACAUCAGCAAGAGUCUGAUCAGAAACCAGAACCUUGAGGCUCCACCCUCACAGCCACGCGGCGUCAAGGACAGCAACCGUGGACGCAACCAGAGAGGCAGGUCUGCAGAAAGGGGGGUGUCGGAUGGGUCCACAGGAUCUCUGCUGCAGGCGUUAGGCCGCCCCCCACUGCACAUGCUUAGCGGCAGCCUGGAGCAGGAGAAGGAGUCAGGGGUGUCUCUGUAUGAGUUUGACCUGCGACCCCCCUCCCCCAUCGACCUGAGCCGCAGCAUCGAUGAGGCCCUGCACCGAAAGCACAUCCUUCAUGGGGGCAGCCUGUUUCAGCCCCUUUGCGCCCCCUCACCCACUCCCUCCCCGGGCUCAGCUGUCAGUCAGGGGGGCCCCUGGCUCCGCAGGAACAGCGACCCCCAGAUCUCUGACAGCAGUGAGGAUCGCUCAGCCUGUACAGAGUCCUCCGUGCCACUGGGGGGCAGUGUGCUCAGCAGUGUUCCCAGCAGGCAGGUCACUGCUCCCCCCACGCCCUCUCACCAGGGGCACUGCUGGGCCGGGGACGGGGGUGCCAGUGUCCCCUCCUCAAUGUCCUGUCCCGUCUCCCUGCGCCCCUCCAGAACCUCCAAGGGGCAUAUUGGGGAUGACGUGGGAGACGACACAAGGCCCUUCCUCACCCCAGACUCUGAGACCCAGAGGGGGUGGGCAGGGAGGAAGGGAGCGGGAGGGAAGAGCUACAUGGAGGUCAGCAGGAAGGACGACUUAGCCAGCGUCAGCAGUGAGAUUAUUGACCUCUGAACCCAUAACUCUCAACUCCAACCCAGGACAUCAGGACCAAUGACCAAGCCCCAAACAAAACCAUCAAAAAACAAACUUACAUAAGACCUUAACCCUUAGAUAAUAACUUUAAAUCUAUCUAGUCAACUAGAUAGACUUUAUCAUAAACAUUGACUCAACUACAUGAGGAAUGUUACGUGAAUCAUGGACAGAGGACUUAUUUUGAGAAGAUGAGGGAAAAUACAUAAAAACUUUCAUAUCCACUGAGUUGAACAGAUGUCCUAUAUGGGACAUUAUCCAGUGUUUGCUCUAAAUGUGAGUGGUUCAAAUGUUGUGUUUUUUGGCAAAGGUGUGGCCAACCUGACUCAGAUUAUGGGGCAUAGAGCACAUGUGUGAACAACAGAACACACACACACACCAACACACACCUACAGAUACACACCUAUGUACAUUUGAUUAACUCGCUGCAUUUCAAGCAUCACAUACAUCAGCAUGUACUGUACAUUCACUCUUUGUAGCACUAUUAUUUAAGGUGGACUUGAGUGAACAGAGGAAUGGAUUGACACAGGAUUCAUAUUGGUGACGACCCAGGGAUUCUUUAAAAUAUUUAUUGGUCAUCCCUACCAUUCCCUCUGUGAAUCCAUUGUUUGAUGGAUGUAUGCUAAAUAUGAAUGCCGUGGCUCCUACCUUUCUGAAAGCCGUUGUCCUCCUUGUGAAAAUGUCUUUACAUUUUGAUAGUAUUCAUUUGCUGUCCUUGAUAUUUCAACUUGAUGCAUAUGUGUUUUUAAGAUUUGUGCCAUAUACAUUGAUCACGUUGGUGGUUGAUUUCAAGUUAUGCUUAAAAAUACAUGAAUAACACAUUACCUGACUGACAACAGUGGUCUUUUCCCACACUUCCUCUAGCAGGAAGGUAGCAGUCCACAUGCAUAGGAUUGCUGGUAAUUGGCUCAUAAUUGAGUUUCUGUUUCAAUAGUCUGCCUUGUAUGUAAAUGUGAUGUUUAUUACAUAAGUAAAAACAACCCCUUAGAGACACAACUGAACUGACAGGCAGAAAGAAAGAAAGUGCAUUAUCCUGUGAAACUGUGGCUGAUGCCCGGAGCUGUAGCUAAAAUAGUUCCUGCUAAAACCAGACAUUUUAGUUUGAAAAUGAUGCUGAUACAUUUCACCUGCUGAUUGUGGUACAUUCUAUCAUCACGGACCGUCAAAGCCUAUGACUGCAUUUUGUAACACGCAAUAUAACUGACAACAGUAUAAACACACCUACAAUAUUUUAUCAGUUGCAGCAUGUCAGUGCACAACGUGAACUUUUUUUUUUUUGUAGCUAUACUCAUUGCUCCAUACAGCUAAGCAGCUGUAUUUCAUAACACUUGCCUACUAUGAACCACACCACUCCUGUACUGUAGUACUCUACAGACGUCUAUAAGCCUAAACCUGAGCACUCUAGACUGAAGUAUUUUUACUACUCAAGAGGAAAAUAUUAUACAAGUAUAUUAUGUAACAUAAGAAAGUAUGUCAAUACUGUUAUUUUUGGAUGUUUGUAAAUAAAGGUGCACUUCAAAAAUGAUCAAAAGGUAUUUACCAUGAAGACAAUCUAAAGUGGUCUUGCUGAGGUCUUUGAGGCGUUCAACAGAGUUAUCUGCCAAGAAAGUGAUGACUGGUCAUGGCUUAUGGAGGAAUAUUGGGAACAGUGACUGUCCAGCCCUAAUUUCUGAUAUUCAGGGCUCUGUUCGGGAUAGAAGUGUUGAAAGAAGUUUCACAACAGUACCUGGGAUUGCAGUAGAGGUUAGCGUUUAAUGUUUAGGGGUUAAAGGGCAGUGUCAAUGGCACUCUCUAAUUUGGAGCUGUGUCCAUUUGAAAACAGUUAAAAAAUGUUGAGUGAUACUGAACAAAGCCCAGGAGUCAAUCCUCAGUCCCAUAUCUCCACUUGAGACCUGGGUUAAGUAAAAUAGGCACAAAAUGGGAGAAGAUGUUUUGAAACAGAGUAAAAUGGGGAGGUACUACCUGAACCCGUCCAAUAAGAAACUCAUUUAUUUUUUUCUGUUUCAAAAUCCUUCCAAACGUGUCCUACUGAACACGACCCGGGUCCCUGUGCUACAGGAUCAGCUGUUUUCUGUUUCCUGCCUCCCUCAGUGUCAGUGCAGUCUCUCCCUGUGAUGUGAAAUGCUUGACUUGUUUGAUAUUUACAGUACAGUACAAUGGGGUUGUGUUGUUGCCUACAUUCCAAUGACCCCAUCUGAUUUCAGCAUACUUUGCUGUUUCUCCAUUCACUUUCAGCUCGAGGUACUGUAGAAAUCAUCCUUAUAAGUACAUGUUUAGGAUCAGAUUACCCUACCUCCAAUUCUAACCUUAACCAUUUGGAUGGAGGAAGAAUAUCUGACCCUAUAUCAGUGAUCUGGGGCAACUUCUGCCUUCUCCUUCAUUUCAUUAUGUGGUUGGGUUAGGAGAACAUUCAGCAGUGAUUGGCAGUUGUGGGGAUGUUUGUGUUGUUUGUGCCAUAGCACAGUAAACCAAUCUGUCCUCCUCUGCGAACAGUAGUCACAGUGCAGAAGUAUAGUAUUAGAGAUUUUCCAACAUAUUAAUUUCAUUAAUUUGCUAAUUGACUGUUUCUAUAUGAAGUUGUAUUAUAUUGCGUUGCGGCCUCUUAUCUGGUUUCAAAUAAAUAUGAUAAAUAUAAAAAAUA